AUGAGAUUUUCCCCAAUUAUUUUGAUUUCGAUUUUGCUUAUUGCAAAUAUCGAUGGGCAGGAUGACAAGAAGUGCAACCCAGUGAAGACGAGAUUGGCUAACUCGUGUUAUAGUGUAGGUUUUUUUGGCUGAUCGUGAAAAAAUCCCUAUGUUUCAGUCGCUGGUUGUGGUGCUCUCAGUUUUUCAAAUCAUCCAACACACUCAUGAGGAAUACGACGCGUCGGAUCAUAUCAAAAAUUCUCGAAACUGCGAUUUUUCGCGAAAAUGUGCGACUGAACAUGUGGGAUGUGGAAAAAUCACUGAACAAAAUAUCACUAGACUUGAAACGGCUUGUGAGUAUAUGAACUAUUUGACUGGCGCGUUUUAUCCAUGCAUGACAAAGGUGAGAAUUUGAAUUUAAAUUUACCCUAACUAAAAGAAACUUAUCAUAACUUGUUUCAGCUUCGGCAAAAAAAGAGCAAAAAAUGUGUGGCCGACUAUUUCUCGUCGACCGGUGACUGCGAGAAUUGGCGCGAAAAUCGUGCUUGUUUGAAAUGGACGAUUCGAGAGGAAUGUGGUGUCAAAUUUUGGAAACAAUACAAACCGUUUUGGACAAAACGAGCUGAUUUGAUUUGUGAAAAUUCGAAUGAAUAA